AUGAACGUCGGAGCAAAACCUUCUCAUCGCUCCCUCUCUUCACUCUCCUCGCUUUUCAAAUCGAGGAUCCAAAAGAACGUACACAGAAACACAGUUCUGAUCCAAAGCGAGCUUGAAGUUGAGGUGCGCCGAGAAUGCAAGACCGGUCAACUAAAGCUCGAAAAAGCUCUGCUUUACUUCGAGAAACUCGUGGAGACAAGACCCAUGCCUUUGGUCGAGACAUUUAAUCACCUGUUAGCUUCCGUCAUGAAGCUUAGAGAAGCUUCGGAAGUGAUCUCUAUGUACAAGAGGAUGAAACAUCACGGCGUUGAUUCUGGUCCGUACACUUCCAACAUUUUGAUUAACGCAUUUCGCCAUUUGGGGAAAAUCGAUUACGCGUUUUGCGUUCUGAGUGAUUUCAUGAAGAGAGGCUUGGAGCCUGACUUGGUGACGGUUGAUAGUUUGGUGUGUGGUUUGUGUUCUCAAGGGAGAGUGAUAGAUGCAGUUAAGGUGUUCGACGAAAUGUCUGAGAGAGGGGUUAAGAGUGAUGUGACUCUCUAUGGGACUAUCAUCGGUAAGCUUUGCGGGGCUGGCGAAACGGGCAUGGCUGUGGGUUUGCAUAGAAGGAUGAUUGCUGCUGGCUACGAGGGGAACGCCGUCACUUACGGGUUUAUAAUCAGCUCCUUUGUUAAGAACAAGUCGAUCGAUGAAGCAAUGGCGGUGUUUGGAGAAAUGAAGGUGAAUGGAGUUUCUCCCAACGUUUUAUCUUUUGGAAUGAUUAUCCAUGGUUUGAGUAGCUUGGGGAGGUUGAAGGAGGCGCGUGGAUGUUUCGAUGAGAUGAUUGCUCAAGGGAUCUCUCCCGGUCUCGUUGUUUAUAACUCUCUCAUCUAUGGAUUGUGCAAAGAAGGAAUGUGGGACGAUGUUGCAGAGAUGAUCAAUGAAAUGGUGAGCAGAGGGAUACCACCGGAUGUUUGCACUUACAACACUCUGAUAAGUCGUCUCUGCAAAGACAAUAAGCUGAGUGAAGCGAUUGAUGUGUAUGGCUCAAUGAUUGAUAAAGGUCCGGAGCCUAACUUACAGACGUAUAACUCGCUGUUGGAUGGUUUAUUCACAGGGUGUAGGCUUAUAGACGCAACUAAACUGUUCGAGUCGAUGAGGCAUGAGGAGAUUGAGCUUAAUGUAGUUACUUACAACAUAAUGAUCAGUGGGUAUUGCAAGUAUGGGAAACUUGAGGAAGCCUUCGAGCUUAUAAGGGAAAUGAACUGUAAAGGGUUGAAGGCAGAUAGCUAUACAUGUAUGUCACUGAUCCGCUUUGUUAACAAAGCUGGAGACUCAGAAGUUGCCAAAGAAGUGAUCGAUGUGAUAUGCAAGUCUGAUUGCUCUCUAAACCUACAUCAUUACACUGCUCUAAUUGAUGGUCUGAUUAAAAGAGAAAAAAUAGAUGAAGCAAGAAGACUAUUUGAUCAAAUCUUGCCAAAUGUUGUAGCGUACAACAGUAUGAUCAUGGGCUAUUUCAAGUAUGGUAAAAUGAUGGAAGCCAUGGAGCUCAUAACAAGAAUGAGACGUGAUGGGAUGAGACCAAGCGGUGCUAUAUCCACGACGCUAAUACGUGGUGCAAGACAAGCCGGAAACUGGGACAUUGCCUUGGAGAUCUUUGAUGCAGAUGGUCAUGCUUUAAACGUAAUUCAGUUCAACGCUCUCAUCAAUGGUCUGAUAAAAAGUGGUAGAUGGGAUGAUGCAAAGAGACUCUUUGAUGAAAUAUCGGACAAGGGUUUGGUGCCUGAUCCAAUUACGUACAAUACAAUGAUCAGUGGCUAUUGCAAACAUGGAAAGCUAGAAGAAGCCACUGAGCUUAUAAGACGCAUGAAACAUGAGGGGAUGGAACCAGACAGUUAUACAUAUACUUCACUGAUACACGCUUCUUGCCGAGCUGGAAAUUCAGAUGCUGCUCAAGAUAUCUUCAAUGCAAUACGCAAGUCUGGUCAAUCUCCCGACAUAUUUCAGUUCAAUGCUCUCAUCAGUGGUCUGAUUAAAAAUGGGAAGCUGGAUGACGCAAAGAGACUCUUUGAUGAAAUCCAGAACAUGGGAUUGGUGGCAGAUGUGGUAACAUACAAUAUAGUUAUCAAUGCCCUCUGCAAACAUGAGAUGCUAUCAGAAGCCAGAGCAUUGUUCUAUGAAUUAGAAUCAAAGGGUUGUUCACCUGAUUCUGUUAUGUUCAACACCGUUAUAACUGGCUUCCUUCAACUGAACAAGGUUAAAGAUGCUGUCCCGCUUCUUGAGAGCAUGCUCGAUAGGAAAUUCACCCCAGACAGUGGGGUUAAACACAGACUGCAUCGAGUUCUUGCUCGUGCUGAUGGUCGUAAAGCUCUUCAGCCACUUCUAGACACUUACGGAGAGAACAUUUUCGAGUGA